CUUGCCGGAGCCCUGAUCUCACGCGGACGCGGUCCGAUGUGCACUUCGAAAGAUCAGGAGACCUGGAGUCAGACUUGUCAUUAUGAACAACCUGCUCGCCUACCGAUCAGCCCUUUCGACGACCGGCAAAAACGCCGCUGCUUCUGCUUCGUGCGCUGGGAAUGCUCGUGGACACAAUGCUAUACCUUUUCAUCUAUCUCAAUGAAUUAGAUACCUAGGGGCAUUGAUGUAGGAAGGCGACUAUACACGCUAGAUUUAUUUUGUGUUGCCAGCACUGGAAAGUGUCGUGUGAGAAAGCAAUGACGAUGCCGGGUGAACUCGGCGAGAUCGCAAGAGCCAAUGAGAGCCAUCCUUUGCUAAGCUAAAUCUUGAGCAGACUUUCGAGCUCCAGACGACAAACUGCACACCAUUUCCCGCGCCGACAUAACACUCCAUACACGACCGCUGCAUACGGCCAAGCACCAAUUGCGACCUCCUUUCCCCAUUGACCCGCUCGACCUCUCCGCUCCUCCCCGCCCACCGCGAUGACGAUGCUGCGGAUUACUCCUCUCCUCCGCCGGCUCCCUAGCUCAUUAGCAUCCACACGCGCGACCGCUGCAUCACUCACACCUCUCGCACGGUCGCAGCAAGUGCGGAAUGCUCACGCUAUCUCCAAUCCGACACUCGCCAACAUCGAGAAGCGAUGGGAGGCCAUGCCGCCACAAGAGCAGGCCGACCUAUGGAUGGCUCUUCGGGAUCGCAUGAAGGUUGACUGGAACGAGCUUACGCUCCAGGAGAAGAAAGCUGCAUACUGGAUUGCCUUUGGGCCCCAUGGACCACGCGCACAGGAUCCUCCUGGCGAGAACGCUAAGGUCUUUCUCUAUACGGUAAUUGGCAUUAUGGUAGCAGGCGGUAUCUUUGGCAUCACUCGCUACUUCGCGCGCGGCACACCACACACGAUGAACAAGGAGUGGCAGGAAGCCACCAAUGAGUAUAUGAGGGACAACAGGAUCGAGCCAAUCACCUUCGUUGGCAAUCCAGACUACAAGGGCCCAGGUGCCGUGCAAUCACCACCAAAACCAAAGGAAUAGAUCUAGCUCUUGGCUACUUGGUGCGCAAAUCAUGGACUAUUAGAGCGGUUCUCGCAUAACGAACGCAACUCAUCAGGGCGUAUUUUCCCUUUGUGCACUGUAGAACGAGAUACGGCAAAAGAAGUGUGGAGAGUAGAGGAACCGCUUUGUAUCUUACUACCAGCUGCAACGUGUGUGCCAACUGUAUAAAGGAAGCGGAAAUGGCAUGUUUGAAAUUUUUUUCG